GUUUGUCGGCACAUGAUUAAAUGCGACAUUAUUGACAACCUCAAAAGUUCAUUGAAAACCACAUACCGCCCUUUCCAAUAUGUUAUCGGCUUAGUCGCGGCAUAUAUACAUACGCAAUGACGGGACGGCGUCUUUUAGACGCAACCCAAUUCCUCCAUGCCGCCAAAUCCAUCACCGGCAAACAUAUUGCCAUCCGACGGCAACAAUUAGAUGUCUACACACGCACAUCGUCGUUGACGGAGGGACUUCGAAACAAGACAAACGAAAUUAUAGUGACUGCUCAAGCAGCUUCCGAACUUAUCCAGCGGUUCAACGAGAAAUCGUCCCCUUCGUCCCCCCCAUCUUCGGAGGCUUCUGGAAUAAAACCAGACGAUGCAACAAGUCAGAAAGCUCAAGAAGGCGGGAUACAAUGGGAACAAGAGGUUAAGGGAUCUGGUAUCAGUGUAUCGGGGCUAUUUAAUAGCCAAACAAUAGCCGAAAAGUCAAAAGGUUUAACCGCUGACCAAGCAAAGAAGUUGCAAAGACAGGCGGAGUACCAGGUUCCAGGGGAACAAGCAUCCGAUGAGGGAAAUGCCAGGCCCGAUAAUCUAAUCAUCAGCCAAGCUCAGGACACUUUUUACAAGCCUGCAGCGGCAUCAAAACCUGUACUUUCGAGUUUACCCAGGGUUAAGCUACCAAAGACCACGAGCACAACACAAGAAAGUGAUCAACAUAUUGGUGAUAAGCAUAUAAAUUCGGAUGUGUUUCAUUCACAAAAGAAUAAGCCCGAAGACCCAUCCGAAGAGAUUUUGCAUGGCGUAUUCCACAGCCCGAGGGUUGCGAAUCUACUAUUAUCAAAACAGAGACGCCAACCGACAACGAACAUUAGAUCUCAACUGCCAGAGCACAGAUCAGCUCGAAGCGCCGAUAACUACAAAGCUAGCAGUGAUCCGGAGAGUGGAUCUCAAUGGAAAGACAAAGACACAGAAGCUGCCCUUGUGGAUGACCCAGCUUUAAAAAGCGAGAUUAAGGAUUUGGGAGAAUUGGUCUCUCAAUCAUCUGAGCUUCUGUCCAAAAAUUUCGAAAAGUCCGAAAGUAUAAAAACACCGCCCGCUACUGAUUCUACUUACCAAAUGUUGGAAUCUCGGGUACCUUCCACCCGUUUUGGCAGACUUUGGCAGUAUGGAGGACUAGCCACGUCAAUGGCUUUUGGUGCUUUUGGCGAAACUUUGCGAAGAGCUACUGGAAAUGGCGAUGGAUCCAAUGGGUCGGUCAUGUUUAGUGCUAAUAACAUAGAGCGUCUAGUGGCGAAAUUGUCCAGAAUGAGAGGUGCUGCUUUAAAACUGGGACAGAUGAUGAGCCUUCAAGAUUCAAGGAUGUUACCCGAGCCGAUUGCAAUUGUUCUGCAACGAGUUCAGGACCGUGCAGAUUACAUGCCAAGCUCUCAACGGGAUAAAGUUCUCGUCGAUAAUCUUGGUAGCAACUGGAGAGAUUUGUAUGAGUCAUUCGAGGAAACUCCCAUGGCUGCCGCCUCGAUAGGGCAGGUACACGGAGCAGUCCUCAAAGACGGACGAAGGGUGGCUGUGAAGAUACAGUACCCCGGGGUUGCCGAUUCUAUAGACUCAGACUUAAACAACCUAUCUAUCCUUCUUACUGCAUCUCGCUUGCUUCCGAAAGGGCUGUUUCUGGAUAAGACCAUUGCCAAUGCCCGGGUUGAACUUGGUUGGGAGUGCGACUACUUACGAGAAGCCCAAUGUGCAGAUCGCUUCAGAGCCUUACUUGGUGAAAAUGCAUCUUUUGUCGUUCCAGAAGUCAUCCAUGAGGCUUCCGGGAAGCAGGUGUUGACUAUGGAACGAAUGGAUGGGAUAGCCGUCACAAAAAUAAAAGAUUUCACCCAGGAACAACGCGACUGGGUCGGAACCGAAAUCCUUCGACUUUGCCUACGUGAAGUAUGUGAAUUCCGCUUUAUGCAGACUGAUCCUAACUGGACCAACUUCCUAUAUAACGCCGAAAAAAACCGGCUUGAAUUGCUCGAUUUUGGAGCCUCGCGUGAAUAUCCGCCGGAAUUCGUCGACUCCUACAUGCGGACACUUAUUGCCGCUGCCAGGAAUGAUAGAGAACGUUGCCGAGAACUUUCUCUGAAAUUAGGGUAUCUCACCGGCUACGAGUCGCAGGCAAUGGUGGACGCCCACAUCGAUUCAGUCAUCACGCUGGCAGAACCGUACAGGGACUCUGCCCCUGAUAUCUACGAUUUCCGUGACCAGACAAUCACUGAUCGUGUACGGGCACUUAUUCCCGUCAUGCUUCGUGAAAGACUGGCUCCUCCACCCGAAGAAACGUAUAGUCUCCAUCGGAAACUGAGUGGUGCUUUCCUUUUAUGUGCCAAAUUGGAGAGUCGGGUGCCCUGCAAAGAGUUGUUUUGGUCUAUUGUAGAGGGAGUGGAGGCGAGGAAAUCGGAUUGAAAUACUGAACAAAUUUAUGUAUUAUAUAUGUACCAUAUCAUACGAUAUAUCUGAGAGUAGAGAAUUUAAUGGAAUCAAGCAUAGCAUAAUCA